AUGGAAAUUCAAAACCAACGACCCGGCAAAAGUAGGAGGGUGAUAAAAAAAGACGAAAAAGAACAAAAGGCAACAUACAACACCAGGGAUUCGCUGGUCGUCACCGACCCAACUACUAAUCUGGCCCUCGCUAGCUUAUCGAUGGGAGAGCGGACGGGAUCCCGAGUUGCCUAG